UCUGGUUAUGUCGCCAUUUUGAGAGGAGGAUAAUUUUUUAUGACAGAAUAAAGUGAUAUUACAUAGGUAAUCAUAUUAAACAUAAAAAAUGUCAUCUAGGAAGAAGGUGUUACUGAAAGUAAUCAUAUUAGGAGACAGUGGGGUAGGGAAGACAUCUCUUAUGAACCAAUAUGUCAAUAAAAAAUUUAGCAACCAAUACAAAGCAACCAUAGGAGCUGAUUUUCUCACUAAAGAGGUGAUGGUAGACGACCGAUUAGUAACAAUGCAGAUAUGGGACACAGCAGGACAGGAAAGGUUCCAGAGUCUAGGGGUAGCAUUCUACAGGGGAGCAGACUGUUGUGUACUCGUGUUUGACGUCACUAUGGCUAACACAUUCAAAACUCUUGACAGUUGGAGAGAUGAGUUUCUUAUACAGGCCAGCCCUAGGGACCCAGAGAACUUUCCAUUUGUAGUGAUAGGCAACAAGAUUGAUCUUGAAAAUAGAGCAGUAUCCCAGAAACGAGCCCAAGGUUGGUGCCACUCCAAGGGUGACAUCCCAUACUUUGAGACCAGUGCUAAAGAGGCCAUCAAUGUAGAGCAAGCCUUUCAAACCGUGGCCAAAAAUGCUCUAGCCCAAGAAACAGAAGUAGAAUUAUACAAUGAAUUUCCAGAUCAAAUUAAACUCACAAACGAUGCCAACAAACCUAAGGAGGGCUGUGGAUGUUAA